AUGGCGGGUAACGGCAGCGACUCACCGGCGGCGGGAGGCGGAGACGUGGCGAAGACCGCAUGCGCGGGGGCGCAGCAGGGCAGCGCAGCCGUGGAGGCGGGCGGCGCGCCGGGGGGCGGCGGGGCGCAAGAGGGGUUCGCGGCAUGCGUGAGGCCGCUUCCGAAGAGCUGGAACACGCCGCGGGCGCAGAAGUUCCUCGAACAGCAUGACGUGCGGGGCGUACUGAGUGCCACCAAGCAGCAGACUUGGAAAAUCGCGACGGUGCAGUUCGAGAGCAAGGCCGCGUUCGAAGCAGCGCAGAAGACCCUCGAGAAGGUGAAGGCAGCGGACGGCUUCGACGACGUGAGCGUGACCGAGUUCCAGCGCAAGCCUUCCCGGAGCCGCGACGCGGGCCAAGACGAUCCUGCGUCGAACAGGAAGAAGAGGCGAAUCAUGAAGAAGCUAGAUGCCAGAACAGCCGAUUUCUUGACCAAGGACAUUCGGGACGCCGUCUGCCCCCUGUGGGCCAUGCCGUACCCGCAGCAGCUCAUCCUCAAGCGCGCCAAGGUCGAGAGCGCCAUGGAACGCCUCACCUCGGGCGUCGCGAAGUCCCUCAACGCCGCAGGCAUGGCGCACGGCCGCGUGGAGCAAAUCCUGGCCGACGGCAGCUCGGCCGACGCCGCGACGCGCGCCCGCGCCGAGGCCGCGCGCGCGGCCGCCGCGUGGGUCCACGAGGCGAGGGCGGCGCGCUCCGGGCGCGCGCUGGACCUCGAGGGCAUCGUACGGUCCCCCGUGCUAUGCGGGUAUCGUAACAACAACGAGUUGACGAUCGGGACGCUGCGGGACGGGUCCCCCGGCGUCGGGUUCCUGCUCGGGAGCUUCGUGGACGGGUGGACCGCGGUCGACAGCGCGGACGCGUGCCCGCACGUGAGCGCGCUGGUGCGGAAGUGCGCGGCGAUGGUGCAGGAGUUUGUUCGGUCGCCUGCGGGGCGGGGCUGCGAGGGGGCGGGCGGGGAGGGCGCGGGGCCGCUGAAGGUGUGGGAUAAGCGGACGCACACGGGGUUCUGGCGGCAGCUGAAGGUGAGGGAGGCGCGUCGAGCGACGGUGCUGCCGCGGCCGGGGGAGAGCUACGCGGAUGCGUGCGGGGCGGGGGGGGUGGGGCGCGGGCGGCUGGAGGACGUGAGGUGGCAGGAGUGGCUCGUGGAAGGGGAUCCGUGGACGUCGGAGGUCGCGAGGCGGACGGAGCGCGGCGCGCUGGACGCGUGGCAGCCAAGCGAGGGCGCGGAAACACCCCCUCAGGACGUCGUCGGCGACGGCGGCGCGGGCUGCGACGUCCCCGUCGUCGACGAGGCCAUGAUGCUGGUCCAAGUCAACCCGGAGCAGUCCCCCUCCGCGGCGGCCACGCAGCGCGCCUGCGAGGCCCUGUGCGCGCACGUCCGCGCGGGCUGCGAGGCCCUCGGUUUCCCGCUCACGACGUUCUUGGUUCAGUAUCAUACAGGCGUCUCGAACGCCGCAGACCUCGCGUCGACGACGUUCGCGAUCUACGACCGCGGCGCCGCGGUGCCGUGGCCCGCGGACGACGCCGCCGCGGCGCAGGCGUCUGCCAACAGCGCGGAGACCGGCACCGGCUGCAUUGAAGACGUGUUGUGCGGACUGAGGUUCCGCAUCUCGUGGGGAGCGUUCUUCCAGGUCAACGCUGCGGCAGCGUCGGUGCUGUACCGGAUCGCGGGGGACUGGGCCGGCCACGGCGCGCGGUCGACCGUGCUCGACGUGUGCUGCGGCACGGGCACGAUCGGGCUGUCGGUCGCGGCGCAGUGCAAGAAAGUGAUCGGCGUGGACAUCGCGGAGUCGGCGGUCGAGGACGCGCGGCGCAACAGCCGGACGAACGGCGUGCAGAACUGCGAGUGGAUCGCAGGGAAAGCCGAGGACGUGAUGGGGGGUCUUUUGCCGCGGCUGGUCGAGGAGGGGGGUUGCCAGGAGGGCGACAUCGUGGCGAUCGUGGACCCGCCUCGGCCCGGCCUGCACCCGUCCGUCGUGCGGGCGAUCCUCGGCUGCCGCCACAUCCGCCGCCUGGUGUACGUCUCGUGCAACCCGGAGACGCUGGCGUCGAACUGCGUGGAGCUGUGCACGCCGCACAGCGCGGCGGGACACAAGGCGCGGGCGCUGGGCGAGUACGACGCGUUCCGGCCCGUGCGUGCGCUCGCGGUGGACCUCUUUCCUCAUACGAAGCACUGCGAGGCUAUCAUGUUGCUGGAGCGGUGA